GCGCUAAUUGUACUUCGAGGGCUUCAGGAACCCUUUAGACGGGUUGAUACCAUCCCCAGAUUCUCUACCCCCAUUGAGACUGUUAUUGCGGUCACCGCUUGAAGCGACGAGUACCAUUCGAAGCUGCAAUUCUUAUUACCUUACCACGAACGGCGUGCCAGACGGACCCGUCUCAGAUACGCGCUCCCAACAGGCUUGCCUCUGGCUGGAACGGACCUGUCGCGUCGCGUCUUUUCGCGCCUCGGCAUCGCAACGACACAAUCCUCACCACCUCCAAAAAACCAAGCAUUUCGCCUGGACGGGACGAACUCUGUAGCAAUCAACUGCGUACGACAUCACUAUCUCAUGCUCUUCACGCUUCGACCUCUCCGAAAACUCACGCGCCUUCACGCCGAUACAUCAGCACUUGUCCUGAACCAUGCCACCACGCUCAGGUACCAGCAGAAAGUCGGACGCCGGUAGGCGAAAGUCUCGACUUAGCGAUGUGCAACUAGCGCUCCGCGAAAUCCGGAAGUACCAAAGCAGCACCGAUUUGUUAUUGCGAAAGCUUCCAUUUGCCCGACUGGUCAGAGAAAUCGCGAUGUCGUGUCGACCGCGUGACGAGGAGAUGCGCUGGCAGUCGCAAGCAAUUUUGGCACUCCAGGAGGCUGCGGAGGCUUUCAUGGUGCAUCUCUUUGAAGACACCAAUCUCUGUGCGAUACAUGCCAAACGAGUAACCAUCAUGCAAAAGGACAUACAGUUGGCACGAAGGAUACGAGGGGCGUGA